AUGGGUUCCGUAAACGACACCUCCCUUUGCAUGGGCAAGAUUCCUUGGUGGAAAGAAGCUGUCUUCUACCAAGUCUACCCAGCUAGCUUCAAAGACACCAACAAUGACGGCUGGGGUGACAUCCCCGGCCUCAUCGCCAAAAUCGACUACCUCCACGACCUAGGCGUCAAUUGCGUGUGGCUGUCUCCCAUGUUCGAAUCUCCCCAAAAAGACAUGGGCUACGACAUCUCCGAUUACCAAGCCGUCUACUCCCGUUAUGGCACCCUCUCCGACGUCGACAACCUAAUCGCCGCCUGCCACGCCCGCGGCAUGAAGCUGAUUCUCGACCUGGUCGUCAACCACACUUCCGACCAACACCCGUGGUUCCAAGAAUCGCGCUCCUCUAAAACCAAUCCCAAGCGCGACUGGUACAUGUGGAAGCCGGCCCGCUACGACGCCAACGGAAACCGCAUGCCGCCCACCAACUGGCGCAGCUACUUUGCCGGUCCCACCUGGACCUGGGACGAGCUGACCCAAGAGUACUACCUGCACCUGUACGACACUUCCCAACCCGACCUAAACUGGGAGAACGAAGAGUGUCGUAAGGCCAUCUACAACGAGGCCAUGCGCUUCUGGCUCGAUCGUGGCGUCGACGGCUUUCGCAUCGACACCGUCAACAAGUACUCUAAGCGCACUGACUUUCCUGAUGCGCCGGUCACCAUGCCAGGCGAGACGGACCAGCCCGCCGCGGAAAUGUGGUGCAACGGGCCGCGCAUCCACGAGUUCAUCCGCGAAAUGAACGAGCAGGUGCUGGCGCCGUACAAUGCCGUCUCGGUGGGCGAGCUGUCCAACACGCCUCUGCCGAGCCAGGUCCUGCCGUAUGUGUCGGCUGCGGCCAGGGAGCUGGAUAUGGUGUUUGAGUUUAGUACCAUCCGCUUGGGCACGGGCGGGCCGUUUCAUGGCAAGUAUUUGUACAGAGAGUUCCCGCUGUCGGAGCUGAAAGCGUAUGUGGCGACGUGGCAGCAGUGGCUGGAGGGUACGGAUGGGUGGCACACGGUGUUUUGCGAGAAUCAUGAUAACGGGCGGGCGGUGUCAAGGUUUGGAGAUGAUUCGACUGUGGAGUCGUGGGAGGCGAGCGCAAAGACUAUUGCGUUGUGGCAGGCGACGCUGACGGGGACCAUUUUCUUGUAUCAGGGGCAGGAGAUCGGUAUGGUCAAUAUGCCGAAGGAGUGGGCGAUUGAGCAGGAGUAUAAGGAUGUUGAGAGCUUGAACUUUUACAGAGAGGCAAAGGCGUCUGGGGAUGCAGAGAGGAUAAGGAAGACGGAGGAGGGUCUGAGGAUCCUGGCGAGAGAUCACUCGAGGAUACCGAUGCAGUGGGAUGCAUCACCCAAUGCGGGCUUCACAUCUGCUGGAGUGUCGCCGUGGAUGAGGGUGCAUGAUGGGUUUAAAGAUCUGAGUGUGGAGAAGCAGGAGGGAGAUGAGGAGUCGAUCCUUGGGUUCUACAAGAAGAUGUUGAAGUUGAGGAAGGAGUACGCCGGGCUGUUCGUGCAUGGUGCGUUCAGGCCUGUACUGCAAGAGGACGAGACACUGUUUGUUUACGUCAAGGACGAUCAAGGUUCGGAAGAGAGUGGUGUCCAGGCAGACAAGAAGAGGAAGGCAUUAGUCGUCAUGAAUUUCUCUGGAAAGCCGGCUAUCCUUCAGGAGCAUAAUCUCAAUGUGGCAGCUACGCUGGGAUCCAAACACGGGGGGGAGCGGCUGUUGGUGACUACUCUGAAGAAGAAGGAUUUGUCUAUGAUGGAAGCUGGCACAUUAAAGCCAUGGGAAAGCAGAGUGUAUCUGAGCUAUUGA